UCCGCCACUGCGCACAUCACAUGAUCAGCCAAACGGUACACUGAGGCAGUUGCAAUCCGCCGCAACUGUUUUCUUUACGGUCUUUAGUGACAAUACAAUCGUUAAAGUUUUUGCUUUAAUGUGUUUUGAAAGUUUUGUGCAGCUUCUUUUGUAACUCGUUUAAUAGCAUAUACAAUAGCAAUCGUAUUUGGAACGUACUAUACUGGACCGGUUUACGCUUUGAUGAGUCUGAAGUCUGAUGUAGGUGUGUUUUGUCCUUAGUUCCAUCCAGGUUAGCUUUAGUAUCUCUUUUUUAUUUUUCUUCUUUUUUUUACAAACGGGAAAAUGAAACUGAUUAUCCUCAAUGACUACGAAGCGUCAAGCGAGUGGGCUGCAAAGUACAUCAGAAAUAAAAUUUUACUUUUCAAACCUGGCCCAGACCGCUUUUUCACUCUUGGCCUUCCUACUGGAAGCACUCCCUUAGGCUGUUACAAGAAACUGAUUGAGUAUUACAAGAAAGGAGUAAUCUCUUUCCAAUAUGUCAAGACGUUCAACAUGGAUGAAUAUGUGGGACUUCCCAGAGAUCACCCCGAGAGCUACCAUUCCUUCAUGUGGAAUAACUUCUUUAAGCACAUCGACAUACGAGCCGAGAACACGCACAUCCUUGAUGGCAACGCUCCAGACUUGCAAGCAGAGUGUGACGCCUUCGAGAAGAAAAUAACAGCGGCCGGGGGCAUCGAGCUGUUUGUCGGAGGAAUUGGGCCGGAUGGCCACAUCGCCUUUAACGAGCCGGGCUCAAGCUUGGUGUCGAGGACCAGGGUGAAGACUUUGGCAAGGGACACCAUUGUGGCCAAUGCAAGAUUCUUUGAUGGAGACCUCAGUAAAGUGCCCACCAUGGCCCUGACCGUUGGAGUGGGCACCGUCAUGGAUGCAAAGGAGGUGAUGAUUCUCAUCACUGGAGCUCACAAGGCUUUUGCUUUGUACAAAGCCAUCGAAGAAGGCGUGAACCACAUGUGGACCGUGUCUGCAUUCCAGCAGCACCCGCAAACUGUUUUUGUGUGUGACGAAGACGCCACGCUGGAACUGAGGGUUAAGACUGUGAAAUAUUUUAAAGGGAUGAUGUAUGUGCACAACAAGCUGGUAGAGUUACCCGAUGUAGAGUCCAACAAAUAAGGAUGCUUUGUACAAUUUUUGGGAUCAUGCAUUAAAAAAAAAAAAAAA